AUGGCUUCGUUUUUGAAUAGAGCCGCCCAACAAUAUAUGAAGAACAAUGUUCGCCUCGCGUCUCACGCUGCUACCGCUGGAGGCCAUGGAGGUGGCUGGCAGUUGUGGAAGAGGCUGUCUAUGUUCGUAGCAGUACCUGCUAUUGGAUUGGGUAUGCUGAACGCGUAUCUCUCUCACCAAGAAGAGCAUCACGAAAGGCCUCCAUUUGUGGCUUACGAAUACCUUCGUGUACGCACAAAGCGUUUCCCAUGGGGUGAGGGCCAGAAGACCCUGUUCCACAACCCCCAUGUCAAUGCUCUCCCCAGCGGCUAUGAAGAUGAGCAUUAA